CAAACUCGCUGUCGGCCUUGCGGCGUCCCCUCGCUCGGCGCGGGGGGUGGUGGUAAACACCGGGGGAGUGGUGACCCGCGUUUCCGCUCUCCCUGCCCUGCCCUGCCCCGCCCCGCAUGCUGAUCAGGGUACCGGAAGUGCGGGCGGGGCGGGGCGGAACGGGGCGGUUGUGAACGUGGUUGCUCCACGUUAGAGGUCAGAAAGGCGGCGCCGGUACUUCUCGUCUCGGGACUCGGUGCUGUCCCGAAGCUUCUCCGCGGUGGCGAUGUCGGGUCUUGUUAAUUUCCAGGAUGAAACAGAAGUGAAGGAGUACCUGGACAACCUGGGCAUCGAAUAUAGUUACCAGUGCCGCAAGGAGAAGGACCCGGAAGGAUGUCAACGGCUUGCUGAUUAUUUGGAAGGAAUUAAGAAGAAUUAUGAGGCAGCUGCUAAGAUAUUGAAGCAUAAUUGCGAGGAAAACAAUCAUGGAGAAAGCUGCUAUAAGCUUGGUUCUUACUAUGUGACUGGAAAAGGUGGAUUACAACAAAAUCUGAAGGCUGCAUAUGAAUACUUUGUUAAAUCAUGUGAAAAAGGUGGUAAGAAGUCAGUAGAUGCCUGUCAUAAUGCUGCUUUAUUGGCUCAUGAUGGACGAAUAUUUGAUAAUAAACCAGAUUCUGUGAAAGCCAGGGAUUACUAUACAAGGGCCUGCAAUGGGAACUUUGCAGCUAGCUGUUUUAAUUUAAGUACUUUGUAUAUCCAGGGAGCUCCAGGUGUUACCAAGGAUAUGGCCCAGGCCCUGAAAUACUCUCUUAAAGCAUGUGACCUGGGUCACAUCUGGGCUUGUGCAAACACCAGUCGAAUGUACAAAUUAGGAGAGGGUACAACCAAAGACAAUGAAAAGGCAGAACUUUUCAAAAACAGAGCACAGGAUUUGCAUAGGGAGCAAAAGGAAUUCUCGCAUCAGUUAAAGUUUGGACAAUGAUUUUAAAUUCUUGUGUAAACUUGUUUUUUUUUAAAUCUUUACUGGAACACAUUUCUUCAAAUAAAAAAAAUGUGAAUGAGAAAAGCAGAAUUGGACUUAU